CACGCACCUGCGGUCAAUGUCGCGCUCUUGUCAAAAUGACAGCUAAACUGCGACUUCUUGACUUCCGCUGUGCGUGGGGGUGAGGCCCACCCAGAGCAGCAACACGUUUAUCGAGCCACGAACGCGCCGCUGCGCCCAAAGUUGCAUUGCAAGACCGCACAAAUUCAUCCGGCUGCUGCGCACGGAAUGGACUGCUGUAAUGGUUUGGUGCAGAAGGAACUGGGCAGCCACAAAGAUGCGUAUCACCUACAAGAAGUGUCUUGGACUGCUUGUGAUCAGUGGUUUCAUGCUGGUAGCGUUGUUGAAUUCAUGGAGCCCAGGAGGCGGCUCAGGAGUUGACCUAUGGCCAGGAAGGACCAUUGAAAUGGAGUUGGUCAUCAGGGAGAAAAUUCAAGACAUCUUUAAUGACUAUAAUAACAUUUCCUAUCAUAUAAAGAAGGAUGUAGCAUGCCGCUUGGCAACGAAUACGUGUGUCUGCGUGGCUGAUAAGGAGACUUUUCGCCUGCCUUUCUCCAAACUGCUUUUUCCACGCGUAAAGGCCCACAACCUGGACAUGAAAUUCUUACAAUCACAUCCCGAUCCCGAGGGUGUGAAGCGUCACAGAGAUCAAGAAUACAAGAGUAUUCAGAUGAGGUCCUCAAGCCCUGCAGAUAUGCUGAUUGUAAAUGAGGCGAACAGUCCUCUUCAGUUUCCUUCCCAAGGUGUGGCGGUGCGACCCCUCAACACAAUCAUCAUACCAGGUUUGGGUCUUAUUGAAGAAGCAACAUCGAAUCAUACGGUAUAUUUGACCUCCACACUGGGAACUUUUGAUGUCGCUGCUACAGUGGAUAAGGUCUCCGUUAAAGGAGAGGGAAAGAUGCACAUGAGCCUCUCAAGUGCUUCUCUCUCUGCGUUGAACAGGCAGCUCCAGUUUCUCACCUAUACAAACACGGUGUUCCAUCCCAGGACAGCAGACACAGUUCAGUUUGCAACUGAAGGUCACCGCUCAUUUUUCACCAUAAAAAUUGGACAUUCUGCCGUCCCAAGACUUUACAACACUGGCUUUCCAAAAGAGAACAAUAUUAGCACGUUUGUUACCAUUGUGACGAAGACAUUUCUACGUUAUGGUAAACUCAAAGACCUCAUCGAUAGCAUACGACAGUAUUAUCCAACCAUCACCAUAGUGAUAGCAGAUGAUAAUGAGCAGCCUCAGCCAGUGACUGGACCUCACAUUGAACAAUUCAUUAUGCCCUUUGGAAAGGGUUGGUUUGCUGGGCGAAAUCUGGCAGUGUCUCAGGUGACCACCAAAUAUGUGCUUUGGGUGGAUGAUGAUUUCCUCUUCAAUGCAGACACCAAGUUGGAGAAGAUGGUGGACAUACUUGAGAGGACCGGUCUGGAUCUGGUUGGGGGUGCGGUUCGAGAGUUAACAGGCUGGACUUCAACCUUCCGUCACACUAUUUCAGUGGAAACGGGGGGAGAAGAUGGUGAUUGUAUACAUAUAAGACGCGGUUAUCAUCAUGCCAUAGAGGGAUUUCCUAAUUGUGUGGUCGCUGAUGCUGUCAUCAACUUCUUCAUGGGGAGAACAGACAAAGUGCAGCAGGUUGGCUUUAACCCCCGCCUGGCUCGACGCGGCCAUCUGGAGUUCUUCAUUGACGGGCUGGGGUCUCUGCACAUUGGCUCCUGCAGUGAUGUCAUUAUAAACCACGCGUCAAAGAUCAAACUGCCGUGGAGUGGAACAAAAUCCGAAAAGGCCUAUAAAAGGUUUCGAUACUCCAACAGCAAUGAUGAAAAUCAUAUUCAUGAUGAAGUCUUCUACUUCACAAACAGAUUCAAAUGCAUGACCAGGCAUGAAUGAAGCCUGCUCCUCCUUUUGAUGCCAAUAGCACUGUGAUUGUGUUAGAAAAGUGAAUUUUUUUUUUUUUUUUUUUAUAUGCCCAAAUAUGUAUAUAUAACAGACGUUCACGCACUAUAUGUAAAAUUGACUCUUGUUUUCAAAUGCCUCAAAAGGCAUAUUUGUGUGGUUCUGCCUGUGGCCUGCUGGCAUGGGCUCCACACGAUGGACCGGCCUAUGGCGCCACCUUGUGGUUGAUAUGUGAGGUUCAUCCAUCCAUUUUCUGUACCGCUUAUCCUCACUGGGGUCGCGGACGUGCUGGACGCUAUCCCAGACAAUAUUUCAUAUAGACUGGAGCCUCCAAAGCCGAACACCAUCUGUUCUCUUCCAACUUUAUUUUCUAUUAAGUUCAACUAUAAUUGUAAAAGUGUCAGUGUCACAAUCAUAAAACCACUAGUAGUAACUAUGUGAGCUUUAAGUAACAUCUCAACCUUCUUACCUGUCAUACAAAUAAAUGAAAAGCAGUAGGCUUCUUAGGUGGCUACAGUACAUCAAUCUAAAAUAAAAUGACUAAUGUCUUUCAUUCAAAUCUUUCAUUCCAACUUUAUCUCAGCUUACUGAUCUUACUGAUUAAUAUGAAAGUAUCUAAAGCAGAGUAAUUGUUCUUUUUCUGCCAUGAUGCCAGAAUGUGCUCAUCUGAACAAAGAACGGCAGGCAGUAAGCGAAUAAGGCUUCAGUCCUGUGACACUCAAUGGCGUAAUAUAGUUGUCAACUUCAUAUUACUGGUGGUUUAUUAGCACGGGUUAAGGCACAGGGGUGUUACCCUUUAUCGUCCUCAAGCGCACCAAAAAUGUUAUAACUACAACCCUGCGGAAGUACUAAUUAAUAUUGCAUUAUAGUAUUAUUUUUCUACCUUGUUUUCAUAUUUUAAUGUGUAUUGACUGCACAGUUGGUGUAUGAUGCAGGGACCUCCUUUCUGUUAGCAGUAGAGUACAUUCACUCGUUAUCACUCAUUUGAGUCACGUUUCAAAGGUUUUUAUGAGAGUAGGAUAUGAGUUGAGUCCCUCAGCCCCCCUCAUACUGUUUUCCUUUAAGAGACACAGAAAGUUGAUUAAGCACUAUGUUGUGAGUUAAAGUUGAGCUUAUUAUGCAUUUGUGUGUUUCACCCGCCGCAUUGUCAGUCAGUAGAGAAUAACAAUGUCAAAUAUUGUCUCCCUCGUGAAUAUUUGCCUCAGGUUUUAUUAAAUGAAAAUGUAUAAAAUGUAAUAUAUUCUUCAACACGACAACAAUUUUGAAAGUAACAUUGUAAUGUGUACCCAGUUGAAUUAGUGUUUUGCCAUGAAACAUAUUCCACAAUUGAUUUUCUUAAAACAUGUUGCUUGGUUUCAAACUCAUUUUGCCUAAAUAAUUUCAUUAUAGAGGAUUUUUGUUUCAUUAAUAAUCACACUGUCCUGUGUGAGCUUAAAUAUUUGAAACUUGUAGGGAAAAUAUCUGUUUCAGUCUGAAACUGAGAAGAAUAUAGUGCUCUACAAGCUGCCAGGUAGCAUAAUUAUCAGUUACAGUUAUAACGAUGACUAUCAGUAUGAGCUCUUAAGUGUUGAUGAGGUAAACGUUAACAUUCCCAUGCCCCCAGAGUCGUAAUUUCUGCCAUUUCCAGCAUGGCAAUUGUUUCAGGAAGUUUUACUGCAUUCCUGUAUGUAGCACCUUUUCUUGCUUCAAGGCGCUCAAAGAGCAUUUUACAAAGGCACUUUGGUGUUAUUCACUCCAGAGGAAACCGCUCAUUGACGCGCUGAUGAUGGGGUUAUUCGCUCCUAUUCUCUCUAUUAUAAUUAGGCUCAAGCAUUUUUCCUUUGUCAUUUUCACAGGCCUCGCCACAUCGCCGCUAUUCUAAACCAAUUCAGUCCUGUUUUCUUUCUAUAUGUAUUUUAAUCAAAUUAAAGGCACUACAAAAUAAGAUAGUCAUCAGGAUCAUCCAAAGGAAACUAAAACUGCAGUGACAUGAGUUCACUUGUAGCUCUUACCUGUAAGCCAUAUACUGCAGUGAAUAUUAUUUGAGGGAUGAGUCAUACAAGUUAAUGCAUUGUACGAUGCUACAAUGCUUGACUACAGUGUAAACGGUGUGUGCCUGUGCGUUAUUUAUGUUUGGUUGUAUCAACCGUUUAUCAGAAAUAAUGGCAACUAGAUGACAUAUUUUGCUAGUAUUUUGACUGUGCUUAACUGAAGCUUUUUUUUUUUGCCAACUUAACCACUUUUUUUUUUAAUGUGAUGUAACGUGAUGUGUUCCUGUCCCUUCAUUGAGAAGGGUGAGCCUCUUGUUCUUUCAACUGGUGGCCACAGAUACCGUAGAUCUGCAAUUCUUUUGCGUUUACAAAUAUUCUGUUGUAAUGGUGAUGUGUGGGGCUUAAAUUAUUUGAUGCAUGACGUCAAGCAGUUUUUUUUUUCUAUUGCUAUUGUUUUAAGUUAAGUUUGUCACAAUACUGCUGUUAUUUCUGAUUGUUGCUAUUUUGUAUAAAUGACUAAGCAUUCA